UAAAGGAUGGAUUUAACUUGUCAUUAACAUUAUUUAAAAUAAUAAAACAUGAUAUAUAUUAUUUUAGUCUCUUUAAUCUUCGCGUCAUCCUCAUUGAUUCAGGCAUCGAAACUUGAUUUACAAGACUGUUAUACUACUGCACAUAAUUUCUCUCUAAGUAACGUAAACAUCAAAGGACUCCCUGUAAAAGCUGGAAGUAAUAUAACUUUAGAAUUCGAUGCGUUAUCUUUGAUGAAAGUAGAAGAAGGUACCAAAAUAGAAGUCAGUAUCAGUUACUAUUUUCUUACCUAUUCUUGUUAUAACAACAAAUUGCUUUGCUUCGAUAUCUGCAAACUAGCGAGCCAAGGUGCUAUAAUCUGUUUGGUUGAUGGCCAUCCUUGCAAAUGCCCAUUUCAUCCUGGAUAUUAUAAAAUUCGUAACUUUGUAGCUAAAAUGCCAGCAUCACCAAUUUGGUUUACGAGUAUUAAAGUAACUGUCCGAAUUAAAGCGUAUGAUCCUUCAGGAAAACUAAUAGGAUGCAUCAAAGCUAAAAAUGUUCCGGUAAUCUAUUAAAGGAUACAAAUGAACUUAAAAGGUUUCCCGUAUAGCACGUCAUAAAAUAAUCAAUCAAAAAUUUAUGUAUUGUUUACAAUAGCGAGGU